AUGGCAGUUCGUCGCGCAGAUAUCCAGGGCAUUCUAGAUGAGAUCGAGGCACUCCGUCGCGAAAACCAGCAUGCAGACGAUGAAGGUCUGCAGGAUGUUGCCAAUACACUAGCAGCAGCCCUGGAGGUCGAACCUCGCAUUAUCUAUUUUUCCUUUAACAAACACCCGGAAGUCCUGGUUUACGACAGAAUUCGACUAGGAACCUACGAGAUAAUUGCGCAGUAUAAGCGUGAUAAGCGACGAUCGAUCCUGAUGCCCGGCGACUUUGUCGCUUUUCGAAUUGCCUUUCUCGAGUGGCCCCAGGUUCCCCAGGGAAGAGAUCUCAAGUGCUUUACGGGGAUAGUAACGUUAGUCAAUGGUUGGGCCAAUGACAGGGAGAGGACCCAAGCCGUUCCUGAUUUCACCAGAGCAAUCGCACUAGAAAUUGGCGCUGCAAUCGAUCACCCUCCCCACCUGAUUUAUCUCUCCUUGCACCACUAUCCCGACGUCGAUACUAUCUCGGGAAUGAGUGUUCGCGCCAUUAUGCGAUUUGACGUAACUGAGAGGGAGAAGGCAAGACCGGUACUGAACCUGGGCACCUGGAUCGCAAACAAGGUCACCUUCCCUCAGUGGCCACAGAUCCAGGACGGCCAUGUCCAAUCCAAUACUGCAGACGGUCGCAACUAUGGUCAUAACAUCAUGGGAACAGAGGUUAUCACCCCAAUCAGAUUCUUGAAGCCUGAGAGCCAGCGUUGUGCGGAGAAUGACGCCUUGUGCGAGGAGAUUUUGGGAAUUGUUACUCGAUACCUCAGUCUCCCCGGGCACUUGAUCAAGAACAUCCGCCAGAACUGCCAUCUCAUUCACGAUAUGAGACACCCUCUUUCAAAGUCCUGA